AUAUAAUCCCUGAGUUGACCCAGAAAACAAACUGACUGCCGAGACGCCGCACAGUUCCUAUCCGCUGCAGGGCUGCAUGUAGCCGGAUCACCAGCUGCACAGAGACCCCCCCUCCGUUACGGAAACUUCUCCAAAAAUCCACAUUUAAACAUCGGGGCGAUAGAAGCCAUGGCUGAACACAUGAUGAUGCCCAUGCAGCACGGCUUCAGGAUGGGCAUGAACGGACCCCCGCAGCACCAGGGUCAGCCCGGCCUGCGCACAAUGCACAACGGCCAGGUGAUGCAUUAUGGGAGAAACCCUCAGAGCAACAUGGAGGCCGCCAUGAGGCAGCGGCAGGCCAUGGUGGGCCCCGGAGGCAUGGCCCCCGUGAACGCUGCUCCGAUGGCCAACCACCACCACCAGAUGAUGUCCGGGAACAUGAUGUACAACGGGCAGCAGCAGCAGCAGCAGCACCACAUGCACCCCCAACAACAACAACAACAACAGGGACACCCACAGCAGUACAUCCCCGGAAACCUCACCUCCCAGCAGCUGAUGGCCAGCAUGCACCUGCAGAAACUCAACACGCAGUACCACGGACACCCUCUGGCUUCGAACGGUCACCACAUGCAGAACGGAGCUCAGUACCGGGUGAAUCCGGCGCAGCUUCAUUCAGGCAUGCAGCACCUCGGAGGACCUCAGGGACAAAACACUGACAUGGAUCUGAUCGACGAGGAGGUGCUGACGUCGCUGGUGCUGGAGUUCGGGUUGGACCGCGUUCAGGAGCUGCCCGAGCUCUACCUGGGACAGAAUGAGUUCGACUUUAUUUCAGACUUUGUGUGCAAACAGCAGCCGAGCACGGUGAGCUGCUGAGAACCAAGCUGCUUUGUUUUAAGACUGGACGACCCCCCCAAAGAAUGAGUAGCACAGCGAGGAGGAGCCAAUCUCUCUUUUCUGUUGUUCGGCUGUUCCUGUGUUUCUGCUGCCUUUACGUUGACACUGAGGAAAACACACUGGGUUUCUUCUCUUUGAGCCGUUGCCAGGAAGAUCUUCGGCUGAUUGGACGAGGCGUCCUGUUUGGACCCAUCUGGCCCUUCAGCACAUGUGCAUGCAUUGCUAAGGCUUUGGGAUAUCUAAAACAAACACAGGCCUGAAAAGACUAUCCAUCGGGAUCUGCUACAUCCUCUAACUGACACCUUCAAACAGUAGCAGAGACAUUUAUAAAAGGUAGUCCUCUUGAGUUUGUUUGUACAAGAAUGAAGGGAUUCUUUUUUCCGAUUGAAGGCUGGCUCUUCAAAAACUGAGUUCCUACAAAAAAAACUAAAACGUCCACAUUUCCAUGAAAGGCAGGAGGAUGUGCUGCUUUCCUGAUGAGGUUUAUCUGGGAUUGGCUGGGUGAAAUGUGCUGCAUUGAUUCAUUCAGUGUCAUUUACCUGACUCUGGAUUAAAUCAGCAAUCAUUAAACGCACCGCAUCUGCUCCGCGCUAAUUAACUGUGAUUGAAUCAUCGGGAAAAGUAGCGCAUUGCUUCGAGAAGUCGGCUUAGAAACAAAGCAUUUAUCUUUUAGAAAAUGCCUCUGCUCCACGACAAAAGCAAAAAUGUUGGGGUUAUUGCUUUAGCAGGAUUACAAGAAUCUUAAAUGAGGGAGAAAUAACUGUGGCCUGUUACAAGAU